AUGAAGUUUUCACCUAAAUUUGCCUAUGUCCUAUGUGAAAAAUGUCCUUUUCAAUUUGUUAUUAAUGCGGUUGGCAAUACGAAUCAAACUACAUCUGUGACAUCACGAUGUUUUACAAUCGAACAAUGUCAGAUGACAAUAAUCACUACUAAUGAACAUCAUAGCAUCUAUUUCGUCCCAAAUGAUAUCGAUCAAAUAGUCUUCUCAUCAAAAACUGAAGUUCUAAUCGAUUAUAAUCAAAACAAUUCAUUAGUGACAUUUUCAUCCAAAUCGAAUCAGCAAAUAAUCGAUCGAAGACAAAUCGGUGUAAAUCACUGUCACAAUGUUAAAACAAAGACUAAACGUCAUACGAAAGGUUCGUCUUCAUCUGAUGUAGAUUCAUCAAUAAUCGUUACAUUCAAUUCAACUGCCUUUAUUGACUAUCAUUAUCAAGAAUUUCUCGAUUAUCCAUUACGAUUAUCUGUGCGUUUUCGUACACUAGGUCGAAUCUCGAAUGGUGUGUUACUUUCGUUAACUCAUCGAAAGUCUCCUUCACUGAUAAUUCCAUUCAUUAUUAUUGAACACUCAAAUGGAAAAAUAGAAAUAACAAUUCUUCAAUUAGAUGAAAGAAAAGUCUUAUCUACUGUAACGGCAAUUCAAUGUGGAAAAAAUAUUAAUAAUGACAAUUGGCAUUGGUUACAAUUCGAAAUCGAUCAAAGCGGAAUCUUCACUGUUGUUGUCGACAAUGACAGUCGAACAUCACAAAUCCCCACCUAUGUGGUCUCGAAGUGGAACAUCAAUGCUCUGUUAGUUGGAGAUACACGCCGAUUGAGUUCAGAUAUCUUUCAGCCAUUCGUCGGCUAUAUGAGUGAUUUGAUGUUUAAUGAUGAAUAUUUGUUUCAAAGUUUGAGCAAACCGAAACAAGCACGAGUAACGCAAUAUGAUUAUGAUAGCCAGCAUGCCGUUGUUGGAUAUCGUAUUGCAUUCUUCAACUUUGUUACUAUUGAUACACCUAAAUCUUACAUUGCCUUUUCGGAACGCGAGAAUCAGAACAAAAAUCAUGGCAAAUUGGACAUCUAUUUUCUCUUUCGUUCGUAUGUACCCGACGGAAUCAUUCUCUAUCGCUAUGCUCAGGGAUUGAAUGAAUACUUCGCUAUUGGCUUACGCGCGGGUAUUCUCGCGUUGUUCAUCGACUUUGGGUUUGGCAAACGACAAAUUGUUAGCGAUGAAUCAACGAAAUUAGCCGAUGGUAAAUGGCAUGAAGUACGAAUUACAAGAAUUGGUACAGAUAAAAUUGAAUUGGUUGUCGAUAAUCGUGUCAAUCGUUCGACAUUAUCGGCCAACGGUAUUCGAAAUGCUGUGUCUCUUCAGCCGGUUCUCUACGUGGGUGGAAUUCCAAAUAAUAACCAGAUUAAUUUAACUGGAUCAGGUUUAAACCCACAUGGAUUUCAAGGAUGCUUAGCAAGUUUCGUUGUUGACGGCCGAUUACUUGAUUACCAACGAGCAUUAGUAUUAAACGGACAAGUGAAAAUGAAUGUUUGCUCAGAUUUGAACAAACUCUGUUAUGAUUUCACGUGUGUUCACUCGGGUAUAUGCUCGACGAAUGAUAACGAUGGACCACGGUGUGAUUGUCUAGAGACGAGUUAUAUUGGUGAACGAUGUGAUAAAAUACCGAAUGGAUUCUAUUUUGGUAAACACUAUGCAAGUGGAUCGAUUGAAUAUGUGAUGCCACAAACGCGCCAAACAGAAUACGAUACAAUUACAUUCGGUUUACAAACACUGGCCCUAUCCGCACAAAUCUUUCGUUUAGAAUCCGAUUUGGAUUCUUAUAGUUUAGAAUACGAAAUCCUACGUGGUCGUUCGUAUAUAAAAUUGAAUAUGGGAGAGAAACAGCCUGAUGUUUAUUCAUGCGUUGUUCAUGUUACUGAUGGAAUGUAUCAUGCUAUUAAGAUUAUUCGUAAACUUUCAACGAUUGAAUUGUACGUAGAUGGAAUUCGGGUCAAAUUAGAUGGAGGAAAUAAAUAUACACGUCAAUCAGAUCAACAACGAUCGUUUCUUGCACAACGAAGAUUACGAAUUGGAAGUUUCAAAAACAUCUCGAUCUGGAAUGGAAUUAUCGCUGGUCUCUCAUUCAAUCGUCAAUCAAUAUUCGACAGUCUUUCCAAUACUCUUGUUCGUACUGGUGAUGUAGAAGAAGUACAACCAGAUGAUCAUACUGGUCUAUUCAAUCUAGUUGAAUCUACACACUAUGCUACUCCGAUAAUUUCUUCCACUGUUCUUUCGACAUCCUCAAUAAUGAAUAGCACUUCUGAAACAACGAUUCUUGAUCAAACUAUCAGUCCCACAUCAGAUAUUCCAAUAGCUGACAAUAUCUUUCAUCAACCAGCAGCAACCCAAGUGAAUACAAUUUCUCAACUACCUCAUCAAACACCGUUUGAAUGGAUCUACAAAAAGCUAACAUAUUUUGGCAUUCGUGGUCUUCUCAUCGGUUCAAUCUUGUCGAUCUGCUUUCUGCUUUUUCUUCUCUUUUUAAUCUUACAUAUCCAUUGCAAAACUCGCCAAUCGAAAAAGAAACUUUCGCACAAAUAUAAUCAAACCAACGGAAGUAAAACUUACUCCCAAAUCAAAGGUUAUUCCAUGGCAUCACCCGACGCAUAUCAAUCGAAGAAACGUGCACAAAAACUUCUUCGAUUCUUGCACGCUAAGCAAUCCAAUCCAACUUCGUUUCGUCUAGCAUCCAACGGCAGCAUGUCCCGUUUGAAUAGUGGUGAUAGUUAUCAUCUCAUAUCUUCAAUUCAAGAAAAUCGUAAAGAUAAAAAGAAGAAUUCGUCCUAUAAAAAUGCCAUCAACACUGCCAACGAUAAUGAUGGUUGUAUAUAUUCAACUCUAGCUCAACCUAUUCCACCUCCAUCGACAUCCUCGUCAAUAUAUCAUCAAGUGAAUCGUCUGAUGUCUAAUCCAAGCGAGCCAUCAACUACUCUAACACAAUACCAUUCACCCAUUGUUCCACACACAGCAACAUUACGAUCGUUGAAGAAAGAGCUAGAUAAUUCAAGUGCUCAAACGUAUUCGGCUGUUUACUCUUGCGAUUUAGCAGCAAAUUUAGAUGUGGAAGAUGAGUUUUUCGCCUCACAUCGAUCAUCAUUGAAACGCCGGUCACUCUCUAAAACACAUCCGAAUUCCAUCGAAAUUCAAAAUCAAAUUCUGUUUCUCUACGUCAAAAAUCUUGUUGAUUGCUAUGGAAUCCAACCUAAUCAUCAUCAAACAAUCCUUCUGGCCACUGCUGACGAAAAUCGCAUUCAAUUAUCCCACGUUCGUUCCGGUAUUUUUCACUCCCAACUUCCAAUUUCAUCCGUUGGUGCUUGCCAUAACAUCCUAUUUUCCUACAAUGGUCAGUAUCUUAUCGGACUUUUCUACGAAGUAACAUCGAACGUGAAUCCAUACGGUGUAAAAAUAUGGUCAACAGAUGAUUAUUCCAUUCGUACGAAUGUGCAUCCGAUAAAAUGUUCCAUUGCCAGUGUAUCGCGACAUUCACCGAUACUUUACAUGGCUGGAAAACAAAAGUAUGGGCGGGGAAUUUCACUUGGUCUGCUUGAUAUUGACUCAUGCAGUCUGGCACGGGAAUUAAAGUCCGAUCCCGAUACAUCGAUUGGCGAUGAGAUCAAACGAAUUAUUCUAACAAAAAAUGAAUUAUAUGCCUUAGUUGCUUGUACAGAAUUUACAAGUACAUUUACAUGUUUCGUCGUUUUCAAACUAGAAGCAACGCCAACGCCUUCGGUUUUAAAUGACGAUCAGUCAUCAUUGAUCACGGGAACGAUGAGUAAUUGUACGAUGAUAUUAACACGAUUUAAUUGUGAUCCAAAUUUUACAUUUUCCAUGGUCGAUUCGAAUAACAAUGGUGAUCAAUAUAUCUUAACUAUACUACGCACCAAUGAGAUUAUUAUCUGGCAGUUAAACGAUGGAGAAAUCUUAUAUAGUUAUGACUUUAAUUAUUUACUCAAUGACACAAAUACAAAUCAGAUCGUUGAUUGUCAAAUGAAUGAUAAUCGCUUAUUAGUAUUUACUCAACAAGGCUUUAUUUAUAUCUGGGAUGUGACAAUUCCUAUCGGCCAAUUCCUUUUAAUUGCAACAAUUUGUGAUCCAUUGUUGCCAUUCAUGGCGUCGAUUGAUCAUUUUCAUCUGGACUUUUUCCUUAAUAUUCAUUAUGCGAAUACCUCUACUUUAACGAAUCUUACACAUGACAAACAAUCACCAUCGACACAUGAAUACAACUGGUCUGUUCUAUUUUUGUUCAUUGUGGGGAUCUUUGGCACCUUUGGCAAUCUACUCGUGUGUAUUUCAAUCACUCUUGAUAAACAAUUACAAACUGUUACGAAUUGGUUUCUCUUCUCUCUGGCUAUUGCCGAUUUCCUAGUUAGUUUGAUUGUUUUGCCGUUUUCUGUUAUCAAAGAUUUUCAUGGUUCGUGGCAAUUACCAGUCAUAUUUUGUAAUUUGUUUAUAUUUUUCGAUGUACUUUUGUGUACAACUUCAAUUUGGCACCUGACUAUUCUUUCAAUCGAUCGUUUCCUACAUAUUUCACGACCCUUUCGCAGUCGAGAGCGAAGCAAACGGAAAACCUUCUUGACAAUUCUCUGCAUUUGGACAUUUUCUAUCGCGAUCUCAUGUACCAUACUUAUUCUUGGUUUUCUCGAUCAAAACAACAUUAUCAUCAUCGAUUCCGAACACCGUCGUCAUUGCGUUCUCAGUCAUCGUCCGUUUAUCAUCUAUGGAUCAAUCAUUUGUUUUUGUAUUCCAUGUAUAUUAAUGCUUGUUACUUAUUCGUUAACGAUUCGCCGUUUACAAUUAGAAGCAGCGAAAUGCUUCGCAGAUCCCGAUGAUCAUCUAAUGAUUAAGCCGAAGAAAUUCGACGGAUUGCGUCGGCAUCGAUCCGCAACCCAACAACGUCCAUUAUCAUAUCCGCGAAAGAACGUUUUAUCUAGGGAAGCUUCGAGUUCAACAUCCGCAUCACUUCGAACACCAACACAGACUGACAUUGAUGACAAAAAAAAUCAUCAUCAGCAAUGCCCGAUAUCUCCGAUUCAAGCCGUUCCGACAUCGAAUACACAACAACGAUCGUUUCUUCGCAAUACUUUUGUACAGAAAGCUGUUCAUGCAUUCAAAGGUGGAUCGGAAACAACUAGUGAACGUCGUGCAAUAAAAGUUCUCGGCAUAGUUUUCUUCGUCUUUCUUAUUGCAUGGCUUCCCUUCUCGAUUUUGAAUAUUCUCUCAGCUGUCUGUCCAUCGUGUGGUGUUCAAGCAUCUUUAUUAAAUCUAACCAGCUGGCUUGGUUAUAUUUCAUCAAAUCUCAAUCCCAUCAUCUAUACAGCAUUCAACGUCCGAUUUCGUCGAGCUUUUAUUUCCAUAUUGACUUGUCAACCGAAUUAUUUCUCACAGAAACGUAAAGGAAAUAAUCAAUACGUAUUCGUAGCAACAAAUAAUCAACAAGCAAUUCUAGCCGAUCAAGAACAGUACUUUUUCCCGUUGCGUCGUUCUGGUAAGGAACGACAAUCGUUACGGAAGAAUUUUCCAUAA